AUGUCUUGGCACCGACAGUACCGCAGCUCCAAGUUCCGUCAUGUGUACGGCAAAGCCGCCAGCAAGGACAAGUGCUACGACUGUGUGCCCAUUACCCGCAACGUCCACGACAACCACUUCUGUGCCGUGAACCCCCACUUCAUUGCUGUGGUGACCGAGUGCGUGGGUGGAGGGGCCUUCAUCGUCAUUCCCAUCCAGCAGACAGGCAAGCUCGACCCACAUUAUCCCAAAAUAUGUGGGCACAAAGGGAAUGUUCUGGACGUCAAGUGGAACCCAUUCAAUGACUUUGUAAUAGCUUCGUGUUCAGAAGAUGCCUCAGUUAAAAUCUGGGACAUCCCCAAGCACUUGCUAACAAGAAACAUUACCAAUCCGAAGAAGGAACUUCUUGGCCAUGUUCGCAAAGUGGACCUCAUUGAAUGGCAUCCCACUGCUAAUAACAUCCUCUUCAGCUCCGGCUAUGACUACAAGAUAAUGAUCUGGAACCUUGACACUAGGGAGGCUGUCAUCUCAAACCCGGUGAAGAUCCUCGACGCUCACAAAGAUGUGGUUCUCUCCAUGUCGUUCAACACAGAUGGCAGUCUCCUUGCCACAGCCUGCAGGGACAGAAAGAUACGUCUGAUAGACCCUCGUGCAGGAACAGUCCUACAAGAAGCCAGCUACAAGUCUCACAGAGUCAAUAAAGUCUUGUUCCUUGGAAAUGUGAAAAAGCUGUUCUCUACUGGAACAUCUCGGUGGAAUAAUAGGCAAAUUGCAUUAUGGGAUCAAAAUGACCUUUCUGUGCCUUUACUGGAGGAGGAUCUCGAUGGCUCUUCAGGACUCCUGUUUCCUUUCUAUGACUCAGACACAUGCAUGCUUUACGUGGCGGGAAAGGGUGAUGGAAAUAUACGGUACUAUGAGAUAAGCCCUGAGAAACCAUACCUAAACUACCUGAUGGAAUAUCAUUCUCAUUUACCACAGAAGGGAAUUGGAGUGAUGCCAAAGAGAGGCCUUGAAGUGUCAGCUUGUGAGAUUUUCCGUUUCUACAAACUGAUCCCAACUAAAAGCCUGAUUGAGCCCAUCUCCAUGAUUGUGCCUCGACGGUCAGAGUCAUACCAGGAAGACAUCUACCCCUUGACCGCAGGAGCCCAGCCAGCGCUGACAGCACAAGAGUGGCUGAACGGAUUUAACAAAGGGCCUCUCUUGGUAUCCUUGAGACCAGGCUCUGGAGCUAUGAAUUCCUUACCACAGUUUCUUGAGGCAGAGCCACUCAUGAAAACUACUGACCCGAGCCGGCACCAGGGUCAGGGAGGAAGGUUGCCGCUGGAGGACAUGCAGAAGCGAAGUGAGGUGGAAAACAGCAGAAAACAGCUGCAAGCGGAGAAGAAAUUAUGGAAAAAUGAACAAACGCACCUCUCCAAUGGCUUUGACCUAUCUGAGUGUCCACCACCAAAAACUGAAAAUGAGCUUUUGCAGAUGUUUUACCGGCAACAGGAAGAAAUCCGUAGACUACGUGAGCUGGUAAACCAGAGAGAUAUCCAAAUUAAACAGCUGGAGCUGGAGCUCAAAAACCUCUACAUGGAUAUAGGCAGUUACUGA